AUGUGCUUACUUGAUGAUAUGCUUUUAAAUUUUAUGGCGAGUGUUUGCAUUUUUUGCCGUUGUCGUAAUGUACCAAUGCUCUGCGAGCCUAUGGACCGUGCCUAUAAAGCUGUUAGUGAAUUGUGUAUGAAAUUCAGAGAUGUGCAUCCCAUAGCGGCGCAGACAUUGUUCUCCUCCAUAAAUUCGUUUAUGCGAGAUGCUGUGAGCAGGCGAUCCGAAAAUUGUUUUUUUUGGUUUUGCCGCUGGCAUUUCCUUCCUCAAUCUUUCGACUUUAAUGGCGGUCUAAUGUCACCUUUGGUGCCGUCUCAGAUAAAUGCUCAACUCCUUAUUGACAAUCAUGAGAAGGGAUUAGUUUAUCCAGAUCCAUACUCCAUUGCUAUUUUUGCUCCACCAGCAGUUUCUUCAUCCGUCACUUCUUGUGGUUUUCCAGCAUCGCUGUAUCCUAUGCCUGUAACGCCGGUGGUCAUACAGUUCUGUAUUAUCUGUAACAAGGUAUCAUCUUCCGGAGCCAUGAACAUUGACUACAUGAUCCUCAUUCCUCCUAGCACUGCGAUCAGGGAGCAAUGGGCAGCUAAUGUUUGUCCGUAUUUGAAGGGUUCUGUUUCCCAAGAAGUCCUUAACGUUUUCCGCACGCAAGAACAGGCACGAUUAUGCAUCCGACAUUUCAAUCCACGUUCAUUGGUUAUAAAUGUCUCGGGUGCAAUAAUGAGAGCUACAUCUGCUCUUAAUGAAUUGCCUGUGGUGAAUUUCUCGCAGUAUGCAAAUCUCAGUGCGGAAUUUUCGCAGGCACUUGAGAAGCUUCUUGAUGCUAUGGUGAAGAACCAAAAUUCAAGCACGGUUGCAAUAAUGCUGAAGAUCGUUCAAGAACUUGUUAAAUGCAGCGACGAGAGAUGUGGUCGAUCGUUGAAUUCUCUCGCUGACGUACAUUUGCACCAGUUCCAUCAGUUACCACAUAAUUGCGAUGUGACAUGUUGUUACCUUUGUGGUAUUGCCGAUCCAUGGCAACGCGAAAUCACUGGUGGUGUAAAAAUUUCACAUGAACUCGUGCACGCUAUGAAACGGUUUGAGGUGUGUAAGGCGUGUAUGGUUGCAAUGGGACGAGAUCACAAGGGAGUUGUUUUGAUCGAUCACUUCAUUAGACAACACAUGGUGGAUCUGCCAAAGCGUUUUCGUCAUUGCAAAAUAUGUCGCCAAAAUGUUGUAGAGCGGAGAAUCUCUGAGCAUAUAUUGGAGCAACACAGGCUCAUCGUCUUUGCGCCUCGCUUUAAUCCGCAGUCGAAUGGGAUAGCUGUGAGGAAUGGUAGUGAAUUUUGUGCAUAUCUUGGUAUACCUAUCGAAGCUUGUACUACUAUUUCACUUGCUGAUUCAGCUGAGCUUUAA